AUGGAGUUCCUUUUUCAGUUCUCGGCAACUGCUAUUGUUCUCAUGCUUACCUUGAUCACACCCUUCAUCUACUCUUUCUUUUGGAUAUCAAGAAAGGCAAACAAGAAAGCACCACCGAAAGCUGCUGGUGCAUGGCCUCUUAUUGGUCAUCUCCACAUACUAGGAGGCUCACAACCACCUCAUAUAACAUUGGGAAAAUUGGCUGACAGGUACGGUCCAAUCUUCACCAUCAAGUUUGGUGUCCAUCAAGCUUUGAUUAUAAUCACUCUUGAGCUUCUCUCUAAUCAUCGACUUGAGAUGCUCAGCUAUGUUCGAAAGAAUGAGGUAAAGGAAGCUAUAGGAGGGUUAUACCAGCAAUGGAGCAAUAACAAAAGUAGCUCAACAAAGCUUUUGGUGGAGAUGAAGAGAUGGUUUGGUGACGUAACUUUAAAUGUCAUAUUGAAGAUAAUUGUGGGCAAGCGAUUUGUGGAGUACAUAAAUUCCAGUCAGAGAAAGGUGAGUGAAGGAUGGAGGAAGUCAUUGGGGGACUUUUUUGAAUUGUCAGGAAUAUUUGCGGUGUCUGACGGACUUCCUUUUCUACGAUGGAUGGAUUUGGGGGGAGUUGAGAGGGCGAUGAAGAAGACUGCAAAAGAGCUAGACCAAGUUCUUGAUCUGUGGUUAGAAGAGCACAAGCAGAAGAGAGCUUCUGGCAUAACUAAGGGAGAAGAAGAUUUCAUGGACGUGAUGCUGUCCAUUUUGGAUGAUGCCAAGCAGGAGCUUUCAAACCGCAAUGCAGAUACCAUCAACAAAGCUACAUGUCUGAAUUUUGAAUUGAUACCAUUUGGCAGUGGAAGAAGAAUGUGCCCUGGAAUAUCAUUUGCCCUCCAAGUUUUGAACCUUACACUAGCUACUUUGCUACAUGGGUUUGAAAUGGAGACCGUGAACGAGAAACCAAUCGAUAUGACUGAAAGCAAAGGAUUAACCAAUCUCAAAGCCACCCCACUAGAAGCCCUUCUUACUCCACGCCUUCCUGCUCACUUGUAUUAG